AAGGAGUUCUAUCUGCUUUUCAGUCACGUUAUCACACGUGCUUGUUCAGGAGCAAAAGGUUACCCAACGGGGCUCAUUUGGCAGUAGCCCUGGAUCAGAGACAAUUCGCCCCUCCCAGAGUCUCUCACAACUUCAGUCUCAUUGACAUAAAAACAUCCGCCAACUUGGAGUAUCUCUCAGAUCACUCAGCAUGGCGCCUGCAAGCCAAAUGAGCUAUCAGAAGGACGAGCGAGUCCUUUGCUUUCACCAUGAGAUCCUCUACGAAGCCAAAAUUCUCGAUUUAAGGCACAUUGAUCCCGAAGACCGUAAGAGUCCGUUUGAGUAUCUUGUCCAUUACAAGGGGUGGAAGAACACGUGGGACGAUUGGGUCCCGCAGGAUCGACUCCGUAAAUUUACAGAUGAGAAUCGGGAAUUAGCCACGACUCUCCGUCGUGAGGCCGAGGCAGCAUUUCGGCAGAAAAAUGUGAAACCCGCUGUGAAGAAACGAGGCGGCUCCGAUCGCAGUUCCGCCCGGGGCAGUGAGGAGAGGCAAACUUCAGUCCCGGGUCGCGGGACGAAGAGAGCUCGAGAAAAUGACAUUGAAAAGGAGGAGAGCUUCUAUGUGCGGCCUUCAGUGCGGAUUGUCAUGCCCGACAAUCUGAAAUCUCUACUCGUGGAUGACUGGGAGAACAUCACUAAGAACCAGCAAGUGGUGGCUCUGCCUGCAAAGUGCUCAGUCAGCCAGAUAUUGGAUGACUACGUCAAGGAGGAGAAGCCUAGGCGGACGAGUACGGCCGACUUGGACGUGCUAGAUGAAAUAGUAAUGGGGAUUCGCGAGUACUUCUACAAGGCGCUCGACAAGAUCCUUCUCUACCGCUUCGAACGAGAACAGUAUCGUGUGAUCCGCAAGAGAUGGGAGGACGGCAAUGGGGAAUGGGCUGACAAAGGUCCCCUCGAGACUUAUGGCGCUGAGCAUCUGACGCGGCUCUUCGCCACCAUGCCGGAGCUCAUUGCACAAACGAAUAUGGACGCUCAAUCCACGAACAGACUUCGGGAGGAGCUUUCCAAGUUCACGAUGUGGUUGAGUCGAAACUCUGCUAAAUAUUUUUCAACCAGGUACACGAAUGCCAGCAACGAGUAUAUUGAAAAGUCACGCGGUGCUCCGAACCCGGCUCCAGCCACCGCUACAUCGCGUCUUGUCUAGCGGAAAGAAUGCGGU